ACCAGGAAAGGUCACCCCUGAGGAAAUCUGGCAAAAGCGGCGCGGGCACGUGGCGGGAGCCCAAGGAAACGAAUUUUCCCAGGCGGAGCGUUCGGCCCACAGCCGCGAGGGGCGUCAGGUGACCGCGCGGGUCCCGGGAGCCGCAGCCCCCGCUCCACAAGCAAAACGAGGAGGAGGCGGAAAAGAGGGGGUGACGAGGGGCAAACCCCACACUCAUGGUCGCGCGAAGACCUCCAGGCGCACGCGGGCGCGCUCCCGGCGUCCCCGCUGCAGACCCCCGGAUGGAGUCUCUCUGGGAACCGCUCGCCAGCCCGCCCCCAACUUGCAGACUUCCGGCCAGCUGUCCGCCGCCGCCCCGCCCCCCGAGGGCUGAGGACGCCGGGAUCCGCCAAUCACUGCACGCGUGUGGUCGGAGUGGGUGGGGCCUGAGAGAUUCGAAAGGAGCCCCGCCCCCUCGGAGCUGAUUCCCGGGACUAAGUGGUGGGAGGAAAGCUCCGUCCGCGGGAGAUGCGGCGGGGCGGGAAGUGAGAACUCGCGGUAGGCUGCGGUGUGCUCCCGCGGGGCGUGGAAAGGUCCAAGCUGAGUGCUGCUCCUGCGGGCUGGAACAUGGGCGAUUUGCAGGAAGAUGUAAAGUUUAUAGUGGAUGAGACCUUGGACUUCGGAGGGCUGUCACCAUCGGACAGUCGUGAGGAGGAAGACAUACCAGUGUUGGCAACUCCAGAGAAACCCCUCCGGCGGGGCCUCUCCCACCGGGGUGACCUCAAUGCAGUGGCCCCCACCCCCCAGGGCGUGAGGUUCAGCUUAGGCCGCCUCAGCCCAGCGAAGAUGGAGGAGGUCCUCGAUGAGGCCAACAGGCUGGCGGCGCAGCUGGAGCAGUGCGCCCUGCAGGAGCGCGAGAGGGCCGGCGAGAGCCCGGGGCCGCGCAGGGUGAAGCCCAGCCCUCGCAGGGAGACCUUUGUGCUGAAGGACAGUCCUGUCCGAGACCUGCUGCCCACUGUGAGCUCUUCCGCUCGGAGCACCCCCUCUCCAAGCAGCCUGACACCCCGACUCCGGGGCAGCGAUAGGAAGGGGUCCGUCAGGGCUCUUCGGGCAGCAUCUGGAAAGAAGCCCUCCAGCGUGAAGAGGGAGUCGCCCACUUGCAAUCUGUUCCCCACAUCCAAAAGCCCAGCAUCUUCUCCUCUUGCCCGAUCAACUCCUCCAGCCCGAUCAACUCCUCCAGCCCGAUCAACUCCUCCAGCCCGAUCAACUCCUCCAACCCGAUCAACUCCUCCAACCCGGGGGAAAGCUGGGCCCAGUGGGAGAGCAACAGCAAGCCCGCCAGUCCCCGUCAGACCGGUCUUGGCCCCACAGCCUUCUACCAGCAACUGUCAGCGCCUGUCUCGGCCACAGGGAGCAGCUGCUAAACCUUCCAGUCGACUACCUGUCCCCUCAGCCAUCCCCAAGCCUGUCAGCCGAGUGCCACUCAGCAGCCGGAGUGUACCACCCAGCAGAGGUGCCCUAGCUUCAGAGUCAGUGUCAACUCGGAAAGGACUUCCAAGACCAGGUGCUGCAGGGCACAGAGUUCCUGUUUCCCAGCGACCAAAUCUUCCUGGUGCCACUCGCAGCCAUCUGCAGCCCCCCCGGAAAGCUGCAGCCCCAGGACCUACCAGGUAAAGAGAUCAGGACAGCAAGCAAGAAUUCAGUAACCAAUCACGACAGUCCCUGCCUGGACUCGCCUCCUCUCCGGCCUCCCAAGCCCUCGCGUUGGAGGCAGUUCCGGACUCCUGCAGAUUCUGGCUCAGGGGCAAGAGGAAGAGAUGCCACCACGGCUGGUGCCCCAGGGAGAUGGGGUGGAUUAGGGUGGAGCUGGAGGGGAUUCAAACUCUCCGAUUGGAAUAUUAGGGAAAAGAAGUCACCUCCCGACAGUGAAAUGAACAAACAGAUGAGAAGUGCAGGAGAGUGGGUUGUCCUCAUCCACCCCCACUCUGUGUUCAUCCCCAGGCCGAGGGUCCCUGGGCAUGAACAUGGGAAUGGCCUCUGUCGCUGACCUCCCUGCUCUCCCAGGAGCAGUCCUCCUGAAUCACAUCCCCUACUGGACUCCGGCCUGUUUGGCGAAGCAGAGGCAGGCACCUGGCCUCCGGAACUUGCUUCCUGUGAAUUCUGUGAAUCGUAACAGGCCAGUUUGUGAUAAGCUGACUCCUUUGGUCUAUACUUUUCUAAAAUAAAGUGAGUGUAUUUUUA